CCUCGUAGUAAACACAAGUUUAGGGUCCACACUUACUCAAGCCCCACCUUCUGUGACCACUGUGGCUCCCUCCUGUACGGGCUGAUACACCAGGGAAUGAAAUGUGACCACUGUAUGAUGAACAUCCACAAGCGAUGCGUCGCCAACGUCCCGAGCCUGUGCGGGACGGAUCACACGGAAAGGCGAGGACGCAUCCACAUCUCUGCGCAGAUCACUGACGACACUCUCACCGUCACCAUCAAAGAGGCCAAGAACCUGGUGCCCAUGGAUCCCAAUGGCCUGUCAGACCCCUACGUCAAGCUCAAGCUGAUUCCCGAUCCCAAGAGUGAGAGCAAGCAGAAGACAAAGACCAUCAAAUGCUCCCUCAACCCCACGUGGAACGAGACCUUCACUUUCAACCUCAAAGAAACUGACAAGGACCGCCGUCUGUCAGUAGAGGUCUGGGACUGGGAUUUGACCAGCAGGAAUGACUUCAUGGGAUCACUGUCCUUUGGGAUCUCAGAGCUACAGAAACAAGGGAUAGAUGGAUGGUUUAAGCUGCUGUCCCAGGAGGAAGGAGAAUACUUUAAUGUUCCCGUCCAGCCAGAGGGAGAGGACGGUAAUGAGGAGCUACGGCAAAGGUUUGAGAGAGCGAGAGUGGGUCCAGGGAAGCCCACUGACUCCUCUUCUUCCUCCUCGGUGUGCAAGUACGAUAGCAACGGCAAUCAGGACCGCGUCAAGCUCUCAGAUUUCAACUUCAUCAUGGUUCUGGGCAAGGGCAGCUUCGGCAAGGUGAUGCUGGCUGAGAGGAAAGGCACAGAUGAGUUGUACGCCAUCAAAAUCCUGAAAAAAGACGUGGUGAUCCAAGACGAUGACGUGGAGUGCACCAUGGUGGAGAAGAGAGUCCUCGCCCUGUCAGGAAAACCACCUUUCCUCACUCAGCUGCACUCAUGCUUCCAAACCAUGGACCGAUUGUAUUUUGUAAUGGAGUAUAUUAAUGGAGGAGACCUUAUGUACCAUAUCCAACAGGUCGGCAAGUUUAAGGAGCCUCAUGCUGUGUUCUAUGCUGCUGAGAUUGCCAUCGGCCUGUUCUUCCUUCACUCCAAGGGCAUUGUGUAUCGGGAUCUGAAGCUGGACAAUGUGAUGCUGGACUCUGAGGGCCAUAUAAAGAUUGCAGAUUUUGGAAUGUGUAAAGAAAACAUGCUUGAUGGCGUUACCACAAAGACUUUUUGUGGGACGCCAGACUACAUCGCUCCAGAGAUCAUAGCCUAUCAGCCUUAUGGGAAGUCUGUGGACUGGUGGGCUUUUGGAGUCCUGCUUUAUGAAAUGCUUGCUGGACAGCCGCCUUUCGAUGGUGAAGAUGAAGAUGAGCUUUUCCAGUCCAUCAUGGAGCAUCAUGUCUCAUACCCUAAAUCCAUGUCCAAAGAAGCAGUUGCUAUCUGCAAGGGGCUGAUGACCAAACACCCAGCUAAGCGUCUGGGCUGCGGCCCAGAAGGUGAGAGAGACAUCAAGGAGCACGCCUUCUUCCGCUACAUAGACUGGGAAAAACUGGAGAAUAAGGAAGUCCAGCCGCCUUUCAAACCGAAAGCUUGUGGGCGUGAUGGGGAGAACUUUGACCGCUUUUUCACACGCCAUCCCCCAGAGCUGACCCCCCCAGAUCAGGACGUUAUAGUCAACCUGGACCAGCAAGAAUUCCAAGGCUUCUCAUUUGUUAACCCUGAGUACUCCUACACAGAUCACUGACCAUGCCGCAUAUUACUGGUCUGCAUUAGUAUCUCUUGCACCACACAUACUGUACAAAAAAAUAAAUAAAUCACAAUUUCAUAUUUCAUAUUGUAUUUGGAAGGGUGAAAGAAAUCACUCAACAUUUUGGGAAAUGUGUCUUUUCCUUUUAACUCAUCACAAUUUGAUAGCAAAUAAUAUCACUCUAGUGUUAAUGUACGUGGCGUUGUAGCUAGGUAGGGAUUAAGCCUCAGUCACACACUUCCCAACCCCCUGGCAAUGUAAAACGUGUGUUCUCUGACUGGUUGGAGACUGGUUGCUGGCUGUUGCUAGGUAAAAGCGUUGCACAGAGGUUGCUGCACCCAAAACCUGCAUGCUAUUUCUACGUGGAAGAUGCCAAAUAUUUUCUAUAGUUACUCUCCAAAUUUUAGUGAAACUUAAAAAAAGACAGUUUGCAUUUAAAGUAAAAGUUGUGCUUUUUUUUUAAAUAUUUUGGUUGCAGCAGUAAGACACAACUUUUACUUUAAAGGCAAACAUUUCGCAAGUACUGUGAGUCUUUUCAGACAAAUCUGCGUGUUCCAUAUAAGCUAACUGCAUGGAGGUUUUCAGCCCACAGCCCUCUUUGUGACCAAUUUCACCUAGCAACAGCCAGCAACCUCUUACCAACUGGUCACAGAAUACGCGCUUUUCCUUAGCAUCAGGUGGUUACCAGGGGUUGCUGACCAGCAGUUAGCAUUAAGUUUGGAAGCACCUAGAAAUAGCUAGCCUGGCUCUUUCUAAUCUCAACAAUAAGAUAACCAGAAGUAAAGCAGAUUAACACGUCUCUGUGGUUUCACAGAUAUGCAACACAACAAAGCUGCAAGUUGUGGCUUAAACUCAUAAACAAAGCAGUACAACUGUCUCGCUUUAUGGGGAAGCUAGCAAGCACACUAGCACAGAUAUCCUGGUUGGUAAAAUAGUGUUACAUGAUAUAAAACCUCCCUAAGUUGCUGAAAGGACAUCAGUGGCCUGUAAGGAAAGAGCCACAUGACAGAUGAUGACACUGAAAGGUAGCAUUUAGCUGUCCUUGAGCAACCUGGUUGGUUUACCUUCUGGCACUGCUGUAAAGUUUGAUAGGUAGCACAUAAACAGCAACCCAUUAAAAGUAUAACUCCUAAACAACUUGAUUACCAACUUUUAAAUAUUACAAAGCAGGGUGGUAUCUUUUUAGUUAAUAUGUUAAUAUUAAAAAUAACUAUUCCAGUCUGUUAUACUUUUUGUACAAAUUAGCAUGAAUUUGCACAGUUAAACUGCUAGCGAGCACAAACGGUUAACAGUGCUAAACAUUGAGUAACAAUUUAUAUUUUGAAGAUUGUUAGCUACAAACAGUAAAACAUUAGUCUAGCUGCCAGUUUGUUUGUUUUUUAUACACAUUGCACAAAGAAAAAAAAUAAAAGACUUGGUUAGCAGUUAGCCACUAGCUCAUUAAUCUAGCUUUGCUAACCCUCUCAGUUGAAUAACCUUUGCCUUGCAGGUUGCUACAUUUGCUUUAAAGAUUAAAACAUUAAAUAAAAGAUUUCUGUGUAGUUAAUGGUAGUUAUUGUUGCCACAUUAGUGAGGAGAACCAGGCUAGCUCGUCCCCCCCAGCUUCCAUUUUUCACAGUAAACCAGGCUAACACCUCUGCAUAAACAUGGGUGAUAUUUAUCAUCUCAUCUGACUUUCAGAAAAAAAUUUAAUCGGAUGUAUUUCUUGUAUUUCCUAAAUAAUGUUCACACAUGAAAUGCAGACAGGUGCUCCACUGAAAUGCGACUAAAAUAAUCAAGUGUCAAGGUGCCAGUAGGCGGCUAAUCUUGUUUGCAGCAGCGACACUGUUCUGAGUUUAUUGUAGUUUAGCACGUCACGUUACACUGCUGCUCUUGUAGCAGCUCUACUGGCUGUAUUUUUAUCUUUAGUACAGACAUGUUGCUCGCUCCUAAAUGCCACACGGCUGCUCACACCAGCAGGCUGAUGUCGGAGUCAGACCUCAGGGGCGACUUUAGCCUGCUCCGUCUCUAUGUUGCCCUCCUUUGUAAUUGCAUAUUGACUAUGACAACCUAUCGGUGAUAUUGAUGAGUGUACUAUGAUCACAUGUUGGUAAUUCAUGCAGUGUAAGUGAAAAUUGACCAAUUGCUUUGCUAUGAUUGUUUGACUACUAAUCAUUUUUCCGAAUGUUUACUUUUGUCUAAAAUCUGCGUCAACUUAGUGAUUUUUUUUUUUUUUAAAUUUCAUUGUUUGUUUGGGGUUUUUUUUGUUUUCUUUCUUCUUUUUUUUUUUUAAAGCUCUUCUCAUGAUCAAUUUCCGAAAACAAUCUCCACAGUUACAUUGUUUUUAAUGACAGAGAUCAUAUCUCUUUGCUUGUGCACAACCAUCUUUGGAGAAUUUCACAUAUGAUGAAGGUGUUUAGAGUUUUGUGAAGUCGGUAGUCUGUUAGCUUACAGAAACAGGAUGUCCAAAAGUGCCAAAAUAAAGUCCAGAAUUCACAAGGCUGUGAAACAACUCAACAACUGUGAUGAAGGCAGCCAUUUUGUGCCAUUUUGCAGUACAUGUAUAAUUAUAAUAUGCAUUAUAGUUUCUGUUCACAAGUAAUACAAUAUCCCAUAAUUUUCAUAUAUCAAAUGAACUGUCUGAGUUGUAUUAAACUUUUGUAACUGUGUAACGAUGCAGGGUAGUAACAGUGUGUCAAAUGAUGUUCUUUGAGCUCGUAUCAAAAAGAAAAGAAAAAAAAGAAGAGACAGGAAGGCGAUAUCAAAGGGUUUGUUUUACAAAAAUGCUUCUUGAAAAACUAUUCUUCCAGAUGAAAAAGCGCUUAUUGUGAUGAUGGCAAUGGUGAGGAAUACAUGUUGAAAUAACAAGAGAGAGUGCAGAGAAAAUUAUACAUAUAUAUAUAUAUUGAGUUCUAUAUAUCAGAGAGAUACUGUAUUUGGAUACAUUGUUUCUGGAUGAGAGAGAUGCUUCAGUGGAUUGUGUAAUUGUCCUGUAUGACUGGAAACUGAUAAUAUACUCACUGAUGCCUACCAGACUACUUCUGCUGUGUCUGCUUUGUUAAUGUUGUUGCACCCAAACACAGUGCAUCAGAUACCCCCAUCCAAGCAGAGGGACCACAAAUUCUCAGUGGUCUGUGAAAAGUCCCCUAACUCAUCACAUAAGUUCAGACUUGGUUUGGGAAAAGUGUCAUUUAACACACAUACAGUGUAGAAUAACAACAGCUAAUAUCUGCUAGGCUGCCCUCAUUCACAAUAGUUAUGAAAGCUUUAGCACAAUUUUUAAAGCUUUCCCAAAGGCCAAAGACGGAUGGAUGUAGCUACAGUGAUAACACCCACUAGUUAAUGAAGUCCCCAGUUUAAAGCUUCUGCCACCAACAACAAUAAAACACCUUUUUUUCUGACAAACGAGAUAACUAAAUAAAAGCUAUGAUCAAAAUGCCCCUUUGACACUUUUGUUAGUGAAUAAAAACAAGAUGAAAAUGUUCCGAUCCAAACUGAUUGGGCUGUGUAGAAAGGCAGGACGAGUUUGGAGGUGAUCCAGUCAGAAGUAAUAUCCCAUGCUUCUGGUUUCUCGUGAAAACGUGAAAAGAUUUUAAUGCUUGAGAUGAAGGAAAGAGCAAACAUAUGGAAACGUUUCACAGUUGAUGUCAUGGGAAAUAAGACGCUUUGUAAACCACGUGGAGCAGCUCUCACCGGUAAAAACACAUUUACACUUUAUAAUUUAGUCGAAUGAAUCAACUUUGGGUUUAGUCUGUGAUAAUCUUUUAUUUAGUCAACAAAAACUAAAAGAAUUUGGAUGCCUAAAUAAUGAUUGAAACUACAUUUUUGUAAUAAAAAGACUGAAACUGCAUGCUCAUUGGCUAACGACUAAUCAAUCACAAUGAACCGUGAACUUAAAAAAAAAAAAAAAAAAAAAGAUUAAAAAAAAUUAUCAUCUUUUUAAUUCAGUAUGACAUGAAAGGAGUGACUGAGCAGAUAAACUGGAGCAGGAAAAUGUUUACUGAGGUCAGGCGGCGCUUUGCCCUUAAAUUUAUAGAGGACCGGAAGUCAUUUUUUUCAAUUCCAGCUAUCGCCCCCUGCUGGCUGUUAAAAAGAACGCAGGUUUUCGGCACAGUUUUAAGCUACGUCCUUGUUUUACGCUGUCUGUGGUCGAGACGUAGUAGGACACUAGUGAGCCCUUUAAAAGGUCAGUGUAGGAAAUUUCUGGAUUUCGUCACAUCGCUGUUACUGUUGUCUGAGUUGAGGUUGGACUGCCGGACAGUUGCACAUUUUUUAUUUGUUGACGCAUCAAGUCAUUUAAAAUGGCUCUGCUGUGAUACUUGGUCAAUAGUGAAAUUACUACUCCUGUAUUUGAAUGGAGUCUUCUUACAUCUGGAUGCUCGACUAUUUUGUGAAAACACCUGCAGCAGCUUUAUGAAGAUUGAACCCACUGCACGGCCAAAAUAAUUCUAAUGGUUUCAUGUAGACGUAUGAAAAAUGUAAUAAAAAUGUAUAAAACUUGAAUGGUUUAACUGUGGCACCUACAAAAUUUAAUCAGUCACAGGUUUAAACUGAUUUAUUGGCGUCUUUAAAGCUUGUGACACAUAAACCAUCAGUCCGAUUUAUAAAUCGUUAAACAUAAAUCCAAAUAUACUGUGUGAUUAUUGUUACUCAGUCUCCUUACACAAAGUUUUAAUCAAUGAAUCAAUGAAACACUCUGAAGCCACAAACAUACACUUGCUUCGUGCACUAAUGGUGAACACGUGGACCAGUGGUAGUGAUGGGGAAAGUCAUUUCAGCUGGAAGCCCUGUGAUGA